UUGGAGCAUUCUGCCAAUGGGAAGGCUGGAUUUGGAAAUUGUCCUCUGGGCUGGAAAUUGCGAUGCAGUUCAUCAUCUGAGAGAGCGACGCGCUCGAUGACCCACUUGUGGGAGCACACGACAGUCGACACGAGGCCGGCUGGUGUGAUUUCGACGAUUUUCGAAGUGUAUUUGUUUAUCGUAAACGCGAUAUUCCGAUCGGGAUGGUGCGCAAGAAGAUAGACAAUCGGAUACGGGUCUUGAUAGAGAAUGGCGUUGCCACGGGACACAGGACGAUGUUCGUCGUCAUCGGCGAGAAAGCGAGAGACCAAGUAGUGCUGUUGCACCACAUGUUAUCCAAGACUGUUGUCAAAGCUAGACCUUCCGUGCUGUGGUGCUACAAGAAGGAACUGGGCUUCAGCAGUCACAGAAAGAAACGAAUGAAAUCGUUGCAGAAGAAAAUCAAGUCGGGUAAAUUAGACGUUAAUGAGGACGACCCGUUUGAAUUGUUUGUUAUUUCAACUAACAUUCGCUAUUGUUACUACAACGAGACACAUAAAAUAUUGGGUAAUACAUACGGCAUGUGUAUAUUACAGGAUUUUGAGGCGAUUACACCAAACUUAUUGGCGCGUACAAUUGAAACUGUAGAGGGUGGUGGAAUCAUUGUAUUUCUGCUGCAGUCUGUGAACUCUCUGAAGCAGUUGUAUACGAUGAACAUGGACGUUCAUCAGAGAUUUCGCACGGAAGCUCAUAAAGAUGUAAUAGGCCGAUUUAACGAGAGAUUUAUGCUGUCGCUGGCUUCAUGCACCCGAUGUUUGGUCGUCGAUGACCAGCUGAAUGUAUUGCCUAUUUCCUCUCACAAUUUAAGGAUAGAACCUGUGCAUAAAUCGACCGCUUCGGAGGAACAGUCGAACUUGGAUGCUUUGAAGGAGAGUCUGCAGGAUACUCAGCCUGUAUCUGCGUUAAUUAAUUGCUGUAAAACAGUCGACCAGGCAAAGGCGGUCCUUAAAUUUAUCGAGUGUAUCUCCGAGAAAACUUUGAGGUCUACUGUGUCGCUGACCGCAGCUAGAGGACGCGGAAAGUCCGCUGCGUUGGGUCUUGCUAUCGCCGGAGCUGUUACGUUCGGAUACUCUAACAUAUACAUCUCGAGUCCCAGUCCGGAGAACCUGAACACUCUCUUCGAAUUUGUCUUCAAGGGAUUCGACGCGCUCGGAUACCAGGAGCAUCUCGACUACGGUUUAGUGCAAUCCACAAAUCCAGAGUUCAACAAGGCCACCGUGCGCGUAAAUGUGUUUCGAGAUCAUCGCCAAACAAUUCAGUAUAUACAUCCAACAGACACCAACAAGUUAAAUCAAGCGGAGUUGCUUGUGAUCGACGAGGCAGCAGCAAUUCCGUUACCUUAUGUCAAAGCGAUGCUCGGGCCUUACCUAAUAUUUCUCGCGUCAACUAUAAACGGAUAUGAAGGCACGGGUCGGUCUUUGUCGCUCAAAUUGCUGCAGCAAUUGAGGACGCAGACUGCUGGGUCGAAUAGCCACAACGGGAAAGGCGAAAAGGAGCAGAGUGAGAAAACUCUUAUCGGACGACAAUUGCACGAGCUUACGCUCGACGAAUCGAUACGUUACAAGCCGGGUGAUUUUGUAGAGCAAUGGCUGUGCGAUUUACUGUGCCUGAAUGUUACAGCGCACGCCCCCAUUCUUUCCGGAUGUCCUCCUCCCGAUAUGUGUCAGUUGUACUAUAUAAACAGAGAUACAUUGUUCUCUUAUCACAAGGCUUCUGAACUGUUUCUGCAGAGACUGGUCUCUCUGUAUGUUGCAUCGCAUUAUAAAAAUACCCCUAAUGAUUUGCAAAUGAUGUCUGACGCACCUGCGCAUCAUCUAUUCUGUCUCUUGGGACCUGUAGAUUCCAAUAAGAAGACUUUACCUGAGAUAUUAGUAGUUCUUCAAAUUUGCCUAGAAGGCCAAGUCAGCAAAACUAGCAUAAACGACGGUCUCUCGCGAGGUCGUAGGGCAGCGGGCGAUCUAAUACCUUGGACGAUCGCUCAGCAAUAUCAAGACGAAGACUUUCCAGUAUUAUCCGGCGCGCGCGUUGUUAGGAUUGCUACGCAUCCCGAUUACCAAGGCAUGGGCUACGGUAAUCGUGCGUUGCAGCUGUUGAAGCAAUACUACGAGAUGAAAAUACCUAAUAUCAGUGAAAGCGUUGUGCAAGAGCCCGUGACAGAGAUAAAAAAUGUCCCCGACGAAGCAGUCGGUUUAUUAGAAGAAAAUAUCGAACCUCGCAGUUCGCUGCCACCGCUUUUAUUGAAAUUGAGCGAAAGGCAUCCGGAACAUCUGGAUUACAUUGGAGUGUCUUUCGGAGUUACCGAGCAUCUGCUGAAAUUUUGGAAGCGGUCGAAUUUUUUGCCUGUUUAUUUACGACAAACGGCGAACGACAUAACGGGAGAGCAUUCGUGCAUAAUGCUUUGUAAAAUCAACGCGGAACAGGAUAACGAUAAGUGGUUGCAAGCUUAUUGGAGCGAUUUCCGUCGGCGAUUCUUAAGUCUGCUCUCCUAUUCGUUCAACACCUAUACAGCGUCACUUGCAUUGAGCAUAUUAAUUAACAAGACAAUAUCUUUAGAAUCUAUCGCGUUGAAUAAGGAAACACUAAACGUUCACUUUACAUCGUACGAUCUGAAGCGCUUACAAAUGUACAGUAACAACAUGGCAGAUUAUCAUCUGAUUAUGGAUUUGGUGCCGUCGUUAGCCCGUCUGCAUUUCUUAAAUAUGAUGGACGACAUUCAUUUCUCGCCAGUGCAGUCGGCAAUUUUACUUGGCUUGGGUCUGCAGCACAAAACCGUCGACAAAUUGGCGGAGGAAUUGAAUCUACUGUCUUCACAGUUGCUCGGUCUGUUCAAUCGUAUAAUACGUAAAUCGAUUCAAUAUUUCAACAGAAUCGCGGAGAAACACAUCGAGAGCACUAUGUUGACCACAGAAUCGGUUAACGGAAGCGAAGUAAAAGUCGAUCCUCGGGGUGGACAAAGUUUGCACGAGGAAUUAGAAAGCGCAGCUAAGGAAUUAAAAAUUAAGCAGAAAGCGGAAUUAGAGAAACUGAAGAAAGAAAACUUGGAGCAGUACGCUAUCAAAGGAUCGGAAACGGAGUGGACCAGUGCGCUGUCCAGCAAGCACAGUAAAAAUCUUAUCUCCAUAAAGACCGGUGAAAAGAGAACAACAUCGGGAGACGAUAGCAUACAAGAAUCUGAGAAAAAACACACGAAGAAGAAAAAGAAACGUACAUAACUUAUGUAUCAUGCGAAACAAAUAAAUUGAUUGACGGUUUUAUAAAAAUG